AUGCACCUCCUCCACUGCGCCUGGGACAGGUCGUCCAGCCCGUGGACCCUCUCCAUCUCGCUGCACGUGUGCAUCAGCAGCGUGCCGCCGCCCUACGCCAUCUUGUCGCACCGCUGGGCCGCGAACCUCGAAGAUGAAGUCACGUUUGAUGACAUGAUGGCCGGCGCCGCCGACCAGAAGUCGGACAGGUGCUACGCCUACCUGGAAGACGUACGCAGCAUCCCAGGCCUGCUCGGACACGCUUUCGAGUGGGAGCUGGGGUCCAGCGCCUGGUUCAGUCGUGGCUGGACCCUCCAGGAGCUACUCGCGCCGGCCGAGGUCGAGUUCUUUGCGCAAGGCUUGCGCCCUGUUGGCAGAAAGACAAACAUGACACAGCUGUUGUCUCAAAUCUCAAGGAUAGCAGAGAGGGCACUGUUAUUCGGUGUUGACGUGUACCAGGCGUCCGUAGCCGAGAAGAUUUCCUGGGCCGCCAACAGCAUAACGACGCGCCCCGAGGACCGCGCCUACUCGCUCAUGGGCCUGUUCGGCGUUAAUAUGCCCACUCUGUACGGCGAAGGUCACCACGCCUUCAAACGCCUCCAGCACGAGAUUAUGCGCCUAACCAACCACCAAAGUAUUUUUACAUAG